CACCAUCAACGACAUGGUCAUAAAAUUAUCAAAGCCAGUCUCAUCAAGCGAAAUGGGGAACUUGAUGAGAGAAUUAGGGUUGUGGGUUGUAGCCGCGUCCUUCUUAUGGUUAACAGCGAAAGGUUACACACAAGUUGACAGACAAGUUCCUUGUUUCUUCAUUUUUGGCGACUCUUUGGUUGACAACGGAAACAAUAAUCGGCUUGUCACGCUUGCUAGAGCCAACUAUCGACCGUAUGGCAUCGAUUUCCCUCUGGGUGCCAGUGGCCGGUUUACAAAUGGCAGAACCUUCGUUGAUGCAUUGGCUCAACUUCUAGGAUUUCGAACCAACAUCCCGCCCUAUGCAAGAACGCGUGGUCGUGCAAUACUUGAAGGACUGAAUUUCGCAUCUGGAGCUGCUGGUAUCCGUGAAGAAACCGGAAAUAAUCUUGGAGAUCAUAUCUCAAUGAACCAGCAAGUACGCAACUUUGGGAGCACAGUGCAACAGAUGGGGCGUUACUUCAGGGGGGAUGUUAAUGCUGUGGGAAGUUACCUCGGCAAAUGUAUUUUCUACUCUGGAAUGGGAAGUAAUGACUAUCUCAAUAACUACUUCAUGCAUGAUUUCUACAAUACUGGAUCACAGUUCACCGCACAAGCUUAUGCAGAUGCACUCAUUCAUGAUUAUUCUGUUCAGCUUUCAGCUUUGUACAAUUUGGGUGCACGUAAAGUGAUAGUAACUGCUGUUGGGCAAGUUGGAUGUAUACCAUAUCAGCUAGCCAGGUAUAAUGGUACCAACAACAGGUGCAAUGAAGACAUAAACAAUGCUAUCCUAUUAUUUAAUUCAGGCCUAAGAAAACUUGUAGAUCGCUUCAAUAAGGGUGAGCUUCAAGGAGCAAAGUUUGUGUUCUUGGAUUCAUAUCAAGCCACUAAAGAUCUUAUACUCAAUGCUCAAUCAUAUGGAUUCGAUGUAGUUGAUAAGGGAUGUUGUGGAGUUGGAAGAAACAAUGGGCAGGUGACAUGUCUUCCUCUUCAACAAACUUGUAGGGACCGCUCAAAGUACAUAUUCUGGGAUGCCUUUCAUCCGACUGAAGCUGCAAAUAUCGUGACUGCAAAAUUAUCAAGUUGA